GUCAGGAGUGCCCAUAUGUUUUCUCUUAGCUCUGGCUAAUCCAUAGUAAUUCACCCUAAUUACAUGGAACACAUAGGAGCUGAAUGUUUCCUGCACUUUGAGAUCAGCUUCAGUUUAAUCAAUGCAUAAGAGCCAGGUGACUGGGUCACUCAUUACCUCAACCCAGAUACAUACACUACACCCCAAAUUGCUCAGCAGCAGGCUUGAAUCUUUGAUAAAAACCUUCCCUAGAGAUUAGCUCCUUACAGAAAGGUUAUUAUUAAAGUGUUAUUAUUUUAAACUGUUGUCAUCCUGAUUAAGGAAGAACAUCUGGUUGAGGCUUGAUUAAGUCCACUAAAUGGGGAGAGUUAGGCACUGAAUGUGAUGGGUCAGGAUCAGGAACAAAGUGAUGGUGAGAAAAUGACAACAGAAUUUUCUUUUCUUUUUUUUUCUAUUUCUUCUUUUUUUGUUACUUUUUUUUUAGUAACAGGUGGACUUUAGGGGAGAUCUCAGUCUGUGAAUGAGAGAAAAGAUCCUUUUUAGUUAUGUGAUGUCUUGGCAUGCAUGGGCAACUCUGAAAGGCUUGAAAGAAAGAAGGGACGACAAAAUAGAUUUUGAUGCCCAGGUGCAGAAAACUGGAGACAUCAAGUAAACUGAGCUGGAAUACCCGUGGAUGGGGCAUAGUUCCACAGAUUUUGGAGGAAAAUUUAAUUAAUCAGUGUAAUGAAGGGACUUUUUUGUACCAUUCUGGAAAAUAAAUAACAAGGGUUUAAAAUAUUUUUUAAUAUACAUUUUAAUUAAAGCUACACUAUGUAAUUUUUUUUGUUAAAAAAUAACAAAAGGUUAUUAAUGAGAAAGUGCAACAAAAAUCCCCCUUCCAAGCCAUGUCUUUACCCAAAUACACUUUGAUAGACCUAUAAUAACUAAAUAAUCCAAAUUUAUAUUUUAGAGCUGUCGGGACGGAUUUCAUGUGAAAUUGCAUACAUACGUUAUUCACCUGUGCAUGUUGACGUCAUAUCCGUACACAGAGAAAAUAAGCUCCGGCUACUGUAGCGUGUGUGUGGUGUGGGAGUAGCAUGAAGCUGAAAGCUUGUUGUCACAACGAAGGAGCAAAAUUUACCAUGGAUCAUUAAAAACGGCAAACCUCCUUGGAAUCACCGGUUGUUAAAACAAAGAAACCCCAAACAGAGCAGAGUCUACAAGCAAAAAGGGAAUGCAACAGAGUCCGUAAUAAAACCUGAAUCAACAUUGGCUUGGCUUUUCAGAGGUGGUGUCAACUGAAAGGAUUUAAAAGAGACCCAGAGAUGGCUUUUUUCUUACUCAACAGGAAUUGGUGUGCAUUUGUUCACAAGCGUGCUGUUACUGUGGCAGUAUCCUGUGGAAUGGAAAAGUACAUUAUCAAGUCCCAGAGUCCCUGUCCUAAUGGCACUCCAGACUGCCAGCUGCUCAUGUACAAGCUAUCCACUCGCCCAGUGUACCGAGAAAAGCAGAAAAUCUUUACUGCACUUCUAUGGCGAUGCUGCCCUGGGCACAGUGGGAAAAACUGUGAGGAGACAGUCCCAGAUGGCCAUGUCUCUGACUCUGAAGACUCCACCAUGGCAGGCAGACCUCAUACAGGAGAGCAUGAAGCCACUAUCAGAGGAUAUAACAAACUGACUCGGCAGCUAGAGAAUCUGAACAGAGAGCAGAAUGACUUCCAAAUGUUUGGCAGUCCACUGUAUGAGGCUCAUCAACCCGAUGUAGAGAAUCAAACUGCAAUGGAGCCCAGCAAUGACUAUGAGCAGCACAGCCCUAAUGCUGGCCAUGACCACCGUCACAAUCAAGACUUUGACAGGAGAGAACCCUAUGCUGUAAAUGAAGGCGUCCUUCUUCCUGAGACAUCUUACCUUAACCACGGGCUCCUGCCAAUCUUGAAAGAGGCUGUGAUGUCUCAGCUGCAACCUGUGCUGGAGAAUUUAAAUCUAACCCUGGAACGCCUCUUUCAGGACGUGCAGGGCUUGCAGCGAGACAUGGUUCAACUCCAACAUAAUCAAAGUCAGGGGAGAGUCAGUGAACCUCUGGAGGUUGGCAGCGAGGAGCACAGUCAUCAGGAGGCCGUUGAGGAAGAGUUGAGGGAGAGCUUACAGAAGCUGGAGGAGGUGAAAGCUCAGUUUCACAACUACCGCAAUGAGAUAGAAGGGAGGCUCAAUGCACAGAAAAGCAUGCUGCUUUACAAUCUGACAAACUUCAAGACUGAAAUGGACCUCAAAAUCAAACAUAACCAAAAGAUGCUACAGGUAAAUCUCCACUCUCUGAACUCAUCAAUGUCUGAAGUGAAGCAGGAGCAAGAGAGGCUGGAUGAGGAGCUCCAGAGGAUCUGGCCUGAAAAGAAAAUUAGUCUAACACAAAGUCAGCCUCACGAGAGCACAGCUGCCUGGGAGGCCAUCACCCGUCUGGACAACAAAGUCAUCAACAACACAGUGAGACUCAGUGCUUUGACUGAAGGCCAAGAACAAGUGACUGACAACAUCAAGGACCUCCAGAGUAGAUGGAGGGAUCUGGAAGCAAAAAUAAUCCAGACUGGCCACAACAGCCAGGUUCAGUUUAUGGAGACCGGUUUGGAAGUGGAGGCAGCCAAAGUAGUAGUGCUUGACCGUAUUAAUGAGCUGAGCAGCAACAUCAGUGAGCUCAAGGAGGAUCUGCAGGAAAUGGAGACAGAUGUUGACUAUCUUUUUACACAGUAUUACAAGAAUAUAAGUUCAACAGGUGGGGACUGUGACUGUGUGGCUCUCAGAACAUCUGUGGCACUGUUGGAACAAACUGUAUCUAAUGUGAUAGUGAAUGAAAACAGAUUAUCCCAAGAGGGUGAGGCAGAGGAGAUGUUAGGCAAUCGGGACAAUGGUGCUUGGAUUUCAUCUGUGGAAGAUCUGAAACAAGGGCUACUCAAUGUGAAGAUGUCCCUGGCCUUUGAACAGGAAAAGAGCAGAAUGUUGCAGCACAAUUUGACCCAGCUCCAGGCCUCUCUCUUGAGCAGCCAGCAGGACAUUGAAACCCUCCAGGAACAGGACAGGGCCAAGGUUGAAAAGAUCCAGCACCUAGGUAGCAUUUUCAACACUUUGCUGCAGGAUGCCAUUCGUCACUCAGAGGUACUGGAGAUUUUGCUUGAAGAAGAGGUUCUGGAAUUCAUGGAGUGGUCUCAGGAAGACCAGAGACAUUACUCUAUACCAGCAUUGAGGGAAAGCAUCAGGGAUGUGCAAGAGAAGGUCAGUGGACACAGCCUCAGCUUGAUCUCAAUGUUGAACUCGGCUGCCCCUCAGGUGAUUGCAGCAGAUGAGCCCUCGGUGCUUGCAGACUGGGACUCGGUGGGCAUCAAAAGGAGACGUGGGGAUCACAGAUUUUACCCGUCUGAGGAACUGCUGGAAUACUCGGACAAUGACUUCUGGACUUUAGAGAAAAAAGUAGAAGAGCUUGGAACUCACAUCCGACGGCUUGAGGAACAUCGUUGUCGUUCUUGCAGCAACUCCUCUAAAACUGCUACAGCUGGUGGUAUAGCAGUCAAAUUGGAGACUGAGGUUGCUACUUUGCGUAAAAACCUUGAGGCCCAUCUAGUUGUUUUUAACAAUAUUUUCAGUAACAUAGAAGAACUUGCUGGCACCGAGGCUUCCGUAGACUUGGAUAAAUUGUCAGCUUUAAUAAAGAAAAAGGAAGUAAAGCAACAAAAAAAGCAACAAAAAAAGAGACCAAACAAAAGAGGAAUUCCGCCAGUUGAACAAGAUCAUUUCCGCAGGAAGAGGGAUGCAUCACUUGAGUCAGCAGUGCUUCGUCAACUCCCAGAUAGUCCAGUCAUGUUCUUGGCCAGCAGUACAGAUGGUGCUAAUGUAUCUGGUGCUGUCAUUUUCGAUAGUGUGAUUCUGAAUCAUGGACAAACAUACUUGCCCAAAACAGGCACAUUUCGUGCUCCAACUUCUGGUGUGUACCUCUUUGUGGUGACACUGGACUUCGGACCGGGCCCAUCUCUGGUCCAAUUAAAGAAAGGUGGAGAUGUAGCUGCCACCUUGCGGCAGACCCAGAGAAAGUUGAGUGCACCUGCUACACGUGUCUGCAUCCUGCAGCUGGAUCCAGGAGAGGAACUCCAACUAGAAUUGAUGCAGGGAACGCUAGAGCGCAACCCACAAGAUAACACGUUUGCUGGUCUGCUAAUGCUUCAGACCACCUGAGGGCGAGAUACACUCCAAGGAUGCAAAAUGACUGUGUGGAAGAGAGUAAAAAAUCCUCCUUUUUUUGCACUGCACACCACUUAAAUUUCUCUUUCAGGAUCGCAGAGACUAAAACAGCAUGCUGGUAGUAAUUAUGAGACUGCACUGUUUACAAAGAACUAAAUUUAGCUCAUGUGGCUCUGUUUGGUGGAAUGCCAGCAUGAAAAGAGGAGUCUGGAAUAGAAGUCUUACAUUUGGCAUCAAUAAUACACAACUAUAUUAUAUUCCUAUGGCUUACAUACACUGUGCCUAUAAACCAAGCUUUCAAGGAAAGAAAAUAUUUGUACUACCAGUAUCCUCAAGUUUGCACCAAGAAAAAGAAAGACUUAACACACAAAACAGCUUUGUGUACUAAAAGUAUAUUUUUAAAAAACGGUUACAUGGACACAUAUUAUACAGAGUAUGAGGCUUAGUCACAAGGCACCCUUUCAACAUGAGGUUUACCAAUUACAUACUAGGGGUUAUGUUUAAUAUAAUACACAGAGGGCUGUGUGCUCUAUGGUAAAGCACAUUUAAAUAUCUACAGUAUGGUAAAAUGCAUGCCCCAUCAACACACACACACACACACACACACACACACAAAAGACUUUCCCAACAAAUAAACUUUAUAACUAAUUAUUAGAGGGUGCAUUCUCAGUUUUCUUGAGAAUUACAAAGAAGAAAAAAGUCAAAGGUUAGAUGCAAAUCUAUAGAUUAGGUAUUUAGGCAAUUUUUGACAAAAUUGCUGCACUGGCCAAGAGGAUGUUCAACAGGAAAACUGUCUUCAAAAACAUUGCAAUAGUUAAAAAGAGAGAUGAUUCCUCUUUUUUUUUUUGUUGAUACAAUCAAAUGCUAACUUGAAGUUCCCUUUUCAGACAGAAAAGCAUUGCUGUAAACAAUCUGCUUCAUGGAUUGAAAUUUUAGAUGGCUUAUAUGGUAGAAUUUACCAGUGUAUUUACAGUAGUGGCCAAAAAUAUCGGCACCCUUCGUAAAUAUGAGAAAAAAUCUGCAUUGUUUAGCCUUUUGAUCUUUCAUUAAAAAAAUAAAUAAUCACAAAAAUCUAACCUUUAAUUGAAGUAAAACAAUUGAAACGGGAAAUAUCUCAUUAUUAAAUAUAUAUUUUUCUCCAAAACACGUUGGCCAUAAUUAUUGGCACCCCUAGAAAUUCUUAUGAGUAAAAUAUAUCUGAAGUAUGUUCCCAUUCAUAUUUCACACUUUUUAGUGCACCUGGGUGACUAGGAACAUGAAAUUGUUCAGCCAUGACUUGCUGUUUCACAGAGGUAUAAAUAUGAGUUAACACAGGCCAAAUUCCCUUAAACAUAAAUCACAGUGGGUUAGAUUAAAGAAUAUAGAUCUGAUGUGCGGCAAAAGGUUGUUGAGCUUCACAAAAUGGUAAGUGGCUGAAAGAAAAUAGCCAAAGCAUUGAAAAUACCCAUUUCCACCAUCAGGGCAAAAUUUACAAGUUACAAUCAACUGGAGGUCUUAAGAAUCGGCCUGGAAAAAGACGUGUGUCUAUAUUGUCUCCACACACAGUGAGGAGGAUAGUUCAAGUGACCAAAGAAUCUCCAAGGAACACAGCUGGAGAAUUGCAGAAAUUAGUUGUGUCUUGGGGUCAGAAAGUCAAAAUCAGACAUCACCUACAUCAGCACAAGUUGUUUGGUUAGGGUUUCAAGAAAAAAAGCCUCUGCUCUCAUCCAACAACAAACUCAAGCAUCUUCAGUUUGCCAGACACUACUGGAACUUCAAAUGUGACCGGGUUCUAUGGUCAGAUGAAACAAAAAUAUAGCUUUUUGGAUGCAAACACCAGAGAUGGGUUUGGCGUACACAGAGAUGAAGUACCCAAUGCCCACGGUUAAAUGUGGUGCAGCAUCUUGAAUGUUGUGGGACUGUUUUUCUGCCAGAGGUCCUGCACAUCUUGUUCGGAUAAAUGGCAUUAUGGACUCUAUCAAAUACCAACUGAUAAACCUGAACCCCAUAGAAAGUUUGUGGGGUGAACUGAAGAGGAGAGUCCACCAACAUGGACCUCUGAAUUUGAAGGAUCUGUAGAGAUUCUGUAUGGACGAAUGGUCUCAGAUCCCUUGCCAGAGUGUUCUCCAACCUCAUUAAGCAUUAUAAGAGAAGAUUCAGAACUGUCAUCUUGACAAAGGGAGGUUGCAAAAAGUAUUGAAUAAAAGGGUGCCAAUAAUUAUGGCCAAUGUGUUUUGGAGAAAAAUAUUUAUUUAAUAAUGAGAUAUUUCCCGUUUCAAUUGUUUUACUUCAAUUAAAGGUUCGAUUUUUGUUAAUUUUUUGAAUGAAAGAUCAAAAGGCUAAACAAUUCAGAUUGUUUUUCACAGCCUUCUUUGCACAUAUUUACCAAGGGUGCCAAUAUUUUUGGCCACUACUGUAUAUAGAAAGUAUAUUUUGGUUUUGCUCUACCCCUAUUGUGCUGUUCACUGAAGUUAACUUCCUUCACCAUGUUGAGGUGAGAUUGACUAUUAUUUAUUUUCUUAUGAUCUUUACUCAGAACUUAAAUAUUUAGGUUGUUUUGUAAGCAUGACAGUAACCUUUGCAUUCUUUGUUAAUCAAGAUGCGCUUUUGGCAUUUCUAAGCAUACUGUGCUAGCAGUAUUUGACAAAGAACCUUAGUCUGGCAUUGAUAUUAUCAUAGCAUUUUUCAGUCACACUUCCUGUUAGGGUUCAGUGGUAUGAAGAACUAUUGUUUUUUUGUUUGUUUUUACAGUUCAAAAUCACAUUGGUCUUUUCAAUGGCACUGAGAAUAAUAAAAAAUAAGUAUGCUAGGACACAACCUUGCAUUUUGUGAAUAAAAAGAAAUCCACAUGGGAGUUCUGUAAACAAGUUAUGUAACAUUUUCUAACAAAAAUGUGUAUUUUGGAUUGUACCAGUUACCAGGAAACUAUUUUGGCAGCCCCAACUGAAAUAUUAAGCACUGAUGCCUAACAGAUGUCAUUUAAUUACAGCUGUACCUUUUGCCUUCAGGCACCUCACAAACACGUACACAAUUCAAAUACAUGAUUAAUAAUACUGCAAAGACAUAUGAUCAGCAUUUCAACUAGAUCACACCAAUCUGAUUACACCUAUGAAAAACCACAAGCUCUCCCACAAACACAAAAUUAAGUCUGGCAACUUUAAAGGGGUGUUCACACUGAGAGCGAUUCAAUCGAUGUAGGUCGCCAAAUCACUGUACAGAUGGUUGCAAGCAGACCUUCCUACUCGACUGCUGUACCCAAAUGGAUCAGGUGGUGGACCAUGCGAGCUGUGCUAUUUUUGCAUUCCCAUUGAAAGUCGCCACAUUGUUCAUUUGUGUAAAGUUGAACUCAUUACUUUGUUUCAUCACGAAUGGUUUUGUCACUUAUUUUGCCUCAAACUGUCAUUGAAAAUUAAUCUUGGUCUUUGAAAAA